AUGUUGUUUUGGUGGUUAAAUCCGGUAUUGAAGAAAGGUAGAGAGAAAAUCCUCGAGGACGAAGAUAUCCCCCAACUGCGGAAGUUGGAUGAAGCAGAGACAUGUUAUUCUGUGUAUAGUGAGAAACGUGGCCAACAAAAGCAUGAGGAAUCACCUGAAACACCAAUUUUGUUAUCAAUAAUUCUUAGCUCCCACAAAAGGGGCAUUCUGGUUUCAGGGUUGUUCGCUUUGAUGAAGGUUCUUACUCUGUCAACUGGGCCAUUGUUUCUUAAAGCCUUUAUUCGUGUAGCUGAGGGUAAAGAAGAUUUUAAGUACGAGGGCUACAUGCUGACAAUUGGCCUGCUUGUUGUAAAAUGCUUAGAAUCAUUAUCAGAGAGACAAUGGUACUUUAGGACUAGACUGAUUGGACUCCAAGUAAGAUCUAUGCUAUCUGCAGCAAUCUAUAGAAAGCAAUUACUCCUCUCAAAUGCCGCUAAAAUGACUCAUUCUCCAGGUCAGAUAGUGAACUAUGUAACAGUUGAUGCCUAUAGAAUUGGUGAAUUCCCAUUUUGGUUUCAUCAAAUAUGGUCAACAUGCCUUCAGCUCUGCCUUGCAUUAGCUAUUGUCUACUAUUCAAUGAGAAUGGCAACUGUUGCAGCUCUAGUUGCUGUCAUAUUGACAGUGCUUGCAAGUUCUCCUCUUGUCAAGUUGCAGCAUAAAUAUCAGACAAAGCUCAUGACAGCUCAAGAUAAAAGAUUAAUGGCCACCUCGGAGGCAUUUGAAAACAUGAAGAUCCUCAAACUUUAUGCUUGGGAAACACAUUUCAAGAAUCUCAUAGAAGGGUUGAGGACAGAAGAAUCUAAAUGCCUGUUAGAAAUUAUGUUGCAAAGGGGUUACAAUCUGGUUUUGUUUUGGUCAUCUCCCAUUUUCGUAUCAGCUGUCACCUUCUGGACAUGCUACAUUCUAGGAAUUUCACUCACUACUGCUAAUGUUUUCACAUUUCUAGCUAGUUUGCGUAUUCUUCAGGAGCCAAUAAGGCUGAUCCCUGAUGUUGCCGGAGCCUUCAUUGAAGCAAAAGUUUCUUUGUCUCGGAUAGUCAGGUUUCUUGAUGCACAAGAAUUGGAAAACAGAAAUACAAGGCAAGGGUGCAGUUACACACAACUCAAUUACUCAAUUUUUAUAAGGUCCACUGAGAUUUCCUGGGAAAUUACUUCUUCAUCAAAAGCCACAUUGAGGAAUAUAAAUUUGGUCGUUAAGCCAGGAGAAAAGAUUGCUAUAUGUGGAGAAGUUGGCUCAGGCAAAUCAACACUUUUAGCUGCUGUUCUAGGGGAAGUUCCAAAAAUUAGUGGGGUGGUAAGUCACUUAGCUAAUGUGCAUGGAAAAAUAGCAUAUGUUUCUCAGACUGCUUGGAUCCAGACAGGGACUAUACAAGAAAAUAUUCUAUUUGGAGCAGUCAUGGAUCCAGUAAAGUACCAUAAAGUUCUCGAAAAGUGUUGUCUGGUAAAAGAUCUUGAGAUGCUUCCAUAUGGGGACCAGACUGGUAUAGGAGAAAGAGGAGUUAAUUUGAGUGGUGGACAGAAGCAGCGAAUCCAGCUAGCAAGAGCACUUUAUCAGGAUGCAGAUAUCUAUCUCCUUGAUGAUCCCUUCAGCGCUUUAGAUGCACAAACUGCCACGAGUCUAUUUAAUGAAUAUGUCAUGGGAGCUCUAUCGGGGAAGACAGUCUUGCUGGUGACACACCAAGUUGAUUUUUUGCCAGCUUUUAAUUCUAUCCUGUUGAUGUACGGUGGGGAAAUUGUAAAAGCUGCUACAUACGAUCAGCUGCUUGCUUCUAGUCAAGAGUUUCAAGACCUUGUCAAUGCACAUAAUAAGAUUAACACCCAGAAGACUGUUGAUUCUACUGCUGAUAUUAGAUCUACAACUUCCAAAAAAGAGAUCCCAUAUACUAGAGAACAGCUUGAAGCACCUUUAGGAGAUCAAUUGAUUAAGCAAGAAGAAAGAGAAACAGGAGACACUGGCCUCAAGCCUUAUCUGCAAUAUCUCCAUCAGAGCAAUGGUUUCAUUUACUUCACCCUAGCGAUUGUGUUACACAUGAUAUUCAUAGUGGGUCAAAUGUUACAGACAUACUUGUUGGCUGUUGACCUUAACAAUUCUCAUGUAGACAAAUCGAAAUUGCUGAUUAUUUAUUCAGUCACUGGGUGUGCCUUGGCAGUCUUUUUGCUCCUCAGAUCUUUUUCAAUAGUCUUUUUAGGUUGUGGAGCAUCAAAAUCUAUUUUUGUUAAAUUGCUUGGCUCUCUUUUUCGUGCACCAAUGUCUUUUUAUGACUCAACGCCUUUGGGAAGGAUACUAAGUAGGGUUUCUUCUGAUUUGAGUAUAGUGGACAACGAAGUGGCUUUUAAGCUAACACUUACAUUUGGGACAACUAUGAAUACCUAUUCCAGCUUCCUUAUUCUAGCUGUUCUUACCUGGCCGGUCCUAUUUGUCAUAUUACCAAUGGUCUAUCUAAGUGUGUACUUGCAGAGGUAUUAUUCUGUUUCUGCCAAAGAGCUAAUGCGAAUCUCCGGCACUACAAAAUCCGCUGUUGCUAGUAAUCUUGCUGAAGCCAUUUCGGGAGCCAUGACGAUCAGAGCUUUCGGGGAGGAAGAACGGUUCUUUUCAAAGCAUCUGGAGGUCAUUGAUGCAAAUGCAAGGCCAGAGUUCCAUAAUUUUUCAGCCAAUGAGUGGUUGAUACAACGUCUAGAAAUGCUGUGCGCCAUUGUUCUUUCAUCCUCAACCCUUGCCAUGACUAUGCUUCCUCAUGGAUCUUCUUCGUCCGGGUUUGUUGGCAUGGCACUAUCCUACGGCCUUUCAUUAAAUGUUUUCUUGGUUUCUUCAGUUCAGUUACAGUGCUUGCUAGCAAAUUUAAUUGUGUCUGUAGAAAGGCUAGAACAGUACAUGCAUAUUCCUAGUGAAGCUCCAGAGAUAAUUGAAAGUAUUCGACCUCCGCAGGAUUGGCCGUCUGUUGGCAAAGUGGAGAUAUAUAAUUUGCAGGUUCGAUAUCGGCCCAAUGCACCUCUAGUUCUUCAGGGGAUAAGUUGCAUAUUUGAAGGAGGUCAAAAAAUAGGGAUAGUUGGUAGGACUGGUAGUGGAAAAUCAUCUCUUAUCACUUCUUUAUUUCGUUUAGUGGAGCCUGCAGAUGGGAAAAUCUUCAUAGAUGAUCUUAACAUCUCCACAAUUGGACUCCAUGAUCUAAGGUCUCAUCUAGGUAUAAUCCCGCAAGAUCCUACACUUUUCAGCGGUUCAGUCAGAUACAAUCUAGACCCUUUAUCCCUGCAUACUGAUAGAGAAAUUUGGGAGGUUCUUGGAAAGUGCCAACUUCGAGAGGCUGUUAAAGAGAAAGGAGAAGGGUUGGAUUCGUUAGUUGUGCAAGAUGGGUCAAACUGGAGCAUGGGACAAAGACAAUUGUUUUGUCUGGGACGUGCAUUAUUGAAGAGAAGCAGGAUAGUGGUGUUAGAUGAAGCCACAGCAUCAAUGGACAAUCAAACGGAUUUGAUUCUACAGAGAAGUAUACGAACAGAAUUUGCAGAGAGUACAGUGAUAACAGUAGCUCACAGAAUACCCACCGUAAUGGAUUGCGACAUGGUGGUUGGUAUUAGUGAUGGAAAGUUAAUAGAGUACGAUGAGCCGAUGAAGCUAAUGAGCAGACAGGGAUCACUAUUCGGACAGCUUGUUAAGGAAUAUUGGUCUCACAAUGCAGUCGCCAAUUGACACUCUCCUAAUUUUUUGUUUGAGGAGAGGAAGAACAAGUUUUGGUUUUUCUUAAAUAUUGCCUGUAGAGUGACUUCAUUUAUUUUGUAUUAUCGUUUUA